AUGAAUUUGAAAGAAAAACACGUUCACUACUUUCAGUCAUUUUUGGAAGCCGCGACUGGCCUUCUAUCUCCAGCUCCAGCAUCGUACUUCAUUCCAAAUCCACCAGCACCACCACCACCCCCGCGGCAGCAAGUACCACGUUCAUUUCCUCCUCCCCCACCUUUCCCCCCUCCCGACUUCAAUCCACUUCCAGAAGCAUUUCCGAUACCGCCCCCUCCACCUCCUAUAUUUCCGAUUCCUGUUAUAAUUCUGAAGCCCUUUUAUCCGUAUUUCCCUCCCCCUUGCUUAACGUGUGGUCCAGCAUUCCCACCUCCACCUUUCCCACCAAUUCCACCCCCACUUCUGCCUCCUCCUCUGCCACCACCACUUCCACCGCCACCACCUCCGCCUUUCUUUCCACCACCGCCAAUACCUCCUUUUCCAGUCGAAAUAGUCACAGGUGAUUCUGCACCAGCAGCAGCGGAUAAUUUUGAUGGCUCAAAAGUCCUCAAGAAGUCCGUAUCAGAAGACGGAUCUAAAAAAAUCUCAGAGCAAUCGAAUGCACGCAGAACGGUCGCUGAUUACAUGGAACGUGCCUCACAGGACGAACGAAAGGAGGAAAGAUUUCAUAAAUAA